GGAGUUUCAACGCAGUGGGACACGGUCGCGAUGGACUGCAAAACAGAUGCCUGGCAGUUUCGCUUUUGUGUUUCGGUUCAGCGUUGUGUCGGUGCAUACGUUCGUUGAAGAUGGCAGGUUUGGAGCUCUUGUAUAAUUCUGUCGUCAGCAGCAUCGCCUGUCCCCAGGAUGCCCUGGUUUGUUUUGUGCACUGGGAGAUAGUGAAAAACGGGUACAAAUGCCUGGGCGUCGGAGACCAGCCGAGUAGCAGCGACCGGCAGUCGGAGCUCCUGCCGGCGGGGUGGAACAGCAGCAGCGAGCUGUACACACUGAGGUACCAGUCGGGCGACAGCGGCGAGCAGCUGCUGGUCAAGGCCGUGACCGUGGACACCACGCUCAUCUUCAACGUCCUGGAGUCAGCUUCAGGACGUGUGUCUGAUCUGACAGUGAGCCUUGGUGAUUAUGUGCAUGCAGACAGUCUCCAGGUAUUCGAGAGCGUGUUCAAGAACACUGAAGAGCUGAGGAAGAAGGUGCAAUCAGGGCUGUUUCCUUCAGCCUCCAAACAGAAGACUAAGCCCAGUGAGAAGGCAGAGAAGAAGGGCCUGAGGGAGAGUCCUCCAUGCUUGUGGCCCGACAGAGACCCCCUCCGAAUCCCCCAGAGAAUUCCUCGUUCUGACCGGCAGCCCAGCUGGCAGGACCCCCUGGCCCCGUUCUCCGCAGGAAGAGCCGACCUGGACCCCCUGGGUGGUCGGCCUGGCGGGAUGAUCGUCGAUCCUCUGCGUUCCGGAUUUCCAAGAUCCGGGUUUGACCCAUCUGCUGGGAUUCCGGGCCGGCUGCCCCCAGGGGCUGUCCCGCCAGGGGCCCGCUUCGACCCCUUCGGACCAGUAGGAGCGAACCGGCCAGGUCCGGAUCCUGACCACAUGCCGCCGCCCGGGUACGAUGACAUGUUCAUGUAGCGCUGGCCCUGCCCCCCGCUCACCUUGUCUCGUGAUGUGCCUCGCUCUCCACCCGCAGGAGGGCUUAUAGGUGUGUCGUAAUGCAUCUAUACACAGUUUAUAAGGGGUGUUACAAAAGAGUCAUGAUAUUCUUAGUUGUGGUAGAAGCAAGAAAGUUUUAAGAUGCUGACGUUACUAUAACUAACACUGUGCACCUUACUUUUUUGUCAUGGCUUUAACAUCAAAGCAUUCGGAUUAGAGCUGUUAACAUCUGCAUUGUAACUGUUUUUUAAUCCCUGUCGUAACUUGUUUGUAGAUGUUUGUCAUGGAAUUCUUCAGCCAAAAUGUAACCUUGCCUCUGUGAAAAACAGACUAUAGGAAUGCACUAUAAUCAGCAAGAUUGGUGUUUGUUCUUAUAAGAGUAUUUUUUUUACUUCAUUCAAAAAUAUUUUACAGUGACAUUGUAAUUUAUGUCAUGGAGUUAAGAUUCCAACUGAACAAUUUCCAUACACUAGAGCAAUUCACGUGCAUAUAAAGACUUAUUUGGUUAACAAGAUGAGUUAUUAUUUUUCUCAUUGUUGAUUGUUUAAGCAGAAGUGUUACAGUUCCAGCACACAAAAAACGUUUUUCUGUUUUCAGCUAAAGAUUUUGCUAGUUUUGAUUGUAUAGCUUCAUUGAAAUGAUUCAAUAAAUCUUAUUUGGGCUAAAUGUC